AUGCGCGUCCCCGCGCGCGCCCCGCUCGAAGCGAUCGAUGGGAACGUCGCGACGCGCGAGCCGACGGCGUUGGAGGCGCUCGCGGCGACGGUGCGCGCGACGCCGGAGAAAUCAUCGCCAACGGUCAGCGGGCGAACGACGGUGGCGAGAAGGAGGACGACGACGACGACGGACGCGGUGGCUCGAGAGCGUCGCGAGGACGAUGGAUGCGAUGGCGAUCGCGCGGACGUCGGGAAUCGGGACGAUGACGGACGGUACGCGGAGACCGUGGCGUUGUUGCGACGCGCCACGCGCGCGCUGCGGAGCGAACGCGAGCGAAGCGCCGAGCUCGAGGUGGAGCUGGAGAAUUCUGUGGAGGAGACGCGCGCGCGGAUUCGCGAGCGGGAAAAGGCGGAGGCGGAGGCGGGACGAGCGGUGAGAGAGGUUCGAGCGGAGAUGGACGCGCUCGGGAGGACGCUGGAGGAGGUUGUCGAGAGUCGAAGAAAAGCGCGAGAGGAGACGGCGACGAGAGAGAAGGAGAAGGCGGCGCUCGAAGAGAUGCUCGAACGCGAGCGAGAGGCGCACGGGAGAGAGAUCGAGGAGUUGCAAGCGGAGAUGGAGAUUGCGCGUGCGAGCGCGGAGAAUUCGUUGCGCGUCACGAGAACGAGAGAUGGCAUCGAAGUCACCGCCGAGCUAUACGAGCAGUCCCACGCGAUGGAGAAAAAGGCGCUCAAGGAGGCGCAGCGCGCGAGAAACGCGUUGGUGGAGCAGAAGAAGACGUCGGAGGCGCUCGAAAAGCGCCUUCGCGAGACGCGCUCUCGCGCGGAUUUGGCUGAGGCAAAGUGCCGCGAAUUGAAAUCCGCGCAGAAACGGUGGGAGCGCCUGGAGUUGAGCGGCGAUGCCGCGUUCGCGCAGUCGCCCUCACCGUCGAUGACUCCUAAAACGCUUCGUCAGAGUCACAGGGACGUGCGAGCGUACGCCGCACAGCGCGUAGAUGUGUUGGAGAAGGAUGUGAAAACAACAAAGAGCGAAGCCACGCUCGUUGCGGCCGAGCUGGAUUCCAAAUUAGCGGCUGAGUCUGGUAUGCGUGGGGCGACGCAGGGAGCGCUCGAGAGUGCUCGAGCGCGCAUACGUGUUCUCGAGGGAGAACGCGACGUACUCCGCGCGCAACUCGACGCAGCACAAAGCGAGGUGGCUGACUUGAAAAUGUCGAUAAAGUUGACUGAGGAGCGCGCAGUACAGGCGGAAGAAACGGCGGCGAGGGAAAUUGCGAACGCCAUGGACGCCGUGGAUCGCAUGCGUUCGGCAGAAGAUGCCCUGGGCGAGGCUGCGCACGAAAAUGCUGUCGCGCUGAAGGCGAAGAGUGCGAUGAAGAGGCGAGAAUUCAGCGAACAACUUCGCGCGCUCGAGGAGCGCAUUCGCAUCGCCGAAGUUGAGCGCGACGUGGCGACGCAGCGCUUUCGAGACUCUAAUGACGCACGACGCGCGGCGGAGGCUGAGCUGGAGGCAAUACGCGCUGAUCCAAACUCUAUCGCAGAGCGCGUUCGCGAGGCUGAGACGCGCGCUCAACGCGCCGAGGAUGAACUCGAAAACGUUCGCAAAGCCGCGCUCGCGGGUCGUCGGGCCGCGAACGAGACGCUUUCACCGCGUUCGACGAGCGUUUCGGAGCCCAAGCACUCGAGAUCUAACGUCAUUGAGGCUUCGUCGUUCCGUCUCGUCAAGCCGACUCAAGCGAGACGUCACCCGCGCGAAGUCGCUGUCGACCUCGUGCACAGCCUUCGCGAGAAGCUCGAGGCGAGCUCACCGUCCUGGACGCGGAAGUCGAACAGUAGACUCACUAGCACCGAUCCCUCGUUCACGACGCCCACCAAACACGCGUAG